UGAUAACAAUAAUAAUAAGAAUAAGUAAUAAAACGGUGUCGUUGUUCUGGUAGAAGAAAGUCCUGUCGAUAAGCUUACAGUUUUCAUAAACAUAAACCCCUUCCGAGAUUUUUUUUUUCCUCUCACUAGUUUAGAGCGGAAAUGGCGUUUGCUUUAUCAUCGUCAUUGAAAUCUUUCACCGGUCUACGGUGUCUGCCGCAUUCUGAUCGAUUCUUCUCUACGCCGUCCACUCUCCUUCUGCCACGUCACUCUCUUUCUACUUCUGUACUUACUUUGUCUCGCCGUCGUAACCGAAACUCUCAAACCUCUUCCUCAAAGCCAAAAAAAAAGAAAAGUUCGUUUGUCGAGUAUACAAGGGAGGAAGAUGAGGAAAUGAACGAUGAUGAUGCCUUGGAGACGCUCUUUAACAUGCUCGAAGAAGACCUUAAAAAUGAUAAAUCUCUUGCAAGUGAUGAUGAUGAUGAUGAUAUAAGUGAAGAAGAUUUCGAAAAACUUCAACGCGAGUUAGAGGCUGCAUUAGGAAUUGGCGAGGAUGAGAAUGAUGAGGAUGUAAAUUUACUUAGCUCGGAUGCACAUGAUGUUGAACAUGAGAAUAUUGAAGAUGAUGAUGAGGAAGAAGAACGACCUGUAAAGGUUAAGAAUUGGCAGAUGCGAAGGUUGGCCCGUACUUUAAAGAAUGGACGACGCAGAACUAGUAUCAAGAGUCUUGCUGCUGAGCUUUGUCUUGAUAGGGCUAUUGUUCUUGAGUUGCUUCGUGAUCCUCCUCCGAAUCUUGUUAUGAUGAGUGCUGCUUUGCGUGAUGAACCUGAAUCAACACCUUUAAUGGCGAAAGCUGAACCAAUUGAAGUCAUUCCUAUGGAGACAAGUAAAGUGGAUGAUAUGAAUUCUGAGAGUGAGAAAAAAGUACCAGUUCAUGUUAUGCGGCAUAGCUGGACUGCUCAGAAGAGACUGAAAAAGAAUGCAAUGAUUAGCAGCAUUGUUCAAGUGACGAAUCUGCCUCGAAAGAAAGUGGUGAAAUGGUUUGAAGAUAAACGCAAUGAAGAUGGCGUUCCUGAACAGCGUCUCCCAUAUCAAAGGUCUGCUCCUGAAGCUGUCUCUUCCUGUUGAAAUGAUCUGUGUAUUUGCAGUGUACCUGACGGUGGCACCUCAGAGACCUUAUAUAACAUCUCAUGCUCUUUUUCCAUUUUAAUGCUUUUGACUUCCUUGGUCUCUCCGCCAGCACUCAAGAGUAGGCAAAAAUAAUCUGGCUAUGUUGAGUCUGCUGCAGAGCUGAUUUGCUGUCCACUCUCAACUUAUUAUCUGCUUAAAACCAGCUUAUAUCCUGGUCAUAAUCAGAUGCAUAGUUUGAGUCUA